UAUGCGCAGUGACGCAUUAUUGGCUCCACCCACAAUGCAACGCAGACGAGGGAACCUCCGAGACAAGAGGAGCAACCGCUCUAGCGUUACUAAAUUAAACUGACAUUACACCGAGGAUUAUCUCACUCUGAGGACACCGAUUCAGCGACACCUUUUAACUCGAGAUUUUUUUAAAGAAGACGAAAUUCGACAGCGAUCCUGAGAGCUAUACUUUCCAGCCAUUGUCCUCGACGGGGAAAGAGCGACGCCCUCAGGCCGCCGCUGGUACUGCAGCUGCCGGUGAGUUGUAAGUGAGACGCCGGGAGUCUGAAUCAUUUAACGGUGGAAAAUGAGCUCAGAAGAGGCGGCAGCUCCAACCAAAACCGGCACAGACGACGAUGGCAUGUCCUGGUGGUACCACUGGAUCUGCAAACUGGCCGGUGUCUUGGGUGGCAUAUCAUGUGCAACAAUGGGCAUUUGGAACUGUGUGACUGUGAAUCCGUUAAACAUCGCGGCUGGAGUUUGGAUGGUGUUGACGGCGAUUGUGUUGUUCCUGUGUGAGGUGCCCUUCUGCUGUCAGUUCGUAGAGUUUGCGAAUGCUAUAGCGGCGCGUGCAGACCGUCUGAAGCCCUGGCAGAAAGCCCUGUUUUACUGCGGGAUGGCGUUGUUUCCCGUCUUUCUGAGCUUUUCCAUCACAACUCUGUUUGGUAACGCCAUCGCUUUUGCUACAGGAGUGCUGUACGGACUCGCAUCCCUUGGAAAGAAAGGUGACGCGGUGAGCUACGCUCGAUUGCAGCACCAAAAACAGGGCGAUGAAGAGAAACCGACAGAAACGACAGACGGUUCAGUGCCGUGAACCUCCUCUACCUCCGCUGCAUCCUUCCCUCUCUUUUUCCCUUCACGUAACUACAUGCAUGACCUGACUGAGUGUAACCUUUGACCUCUGACAGCGUGAGUCAGUCAGCACAAAUCAGUUUGUGUAGGAUUUAAUAAAA